GUCAUCAUCAUCUACCUCCUAAAGGUGAGGGGGGGAAACAUAUCGGUGUUAGUUUGCUCGCGACUUAAUAACCCGCCGGCUGCUUUUCUCGGAGUUCUCGCUGAGCCGCAGAUGACCGACUGUAAAUGAAGCAGAAGUGAGGAGACAUAAUGACGGAGGGCGCGGAGGUUCGUCAGGCCCAGGCGACACGGAGCGGGCCGUCCUCUCUGCAGGCCGUCGAAACGGAUCCUGGGUCCGAGGGGCCGGAUCAACGGGAAGAGGACUCCCGCGGUGUUUCGGAGCAGCGGCGUCACUCGAGCGGAGGAGCGGAGGACGGCGGCAGAGGCCCGGUGGUGGCUCCCGAUGGUGGCUGGGGCUGGGUGGUCGUCGGGGCCACUGUUCUGGUCUUAGCCAUGACUCUGGCUUUCCCUUCUUGCAUCGGGAUAUUUUACACAGACUUGCAGAACGACUUCCAGGCCAGCAACACCGAAACGUCGUGGGUGCCAGCCAUCAUGAUGGCAGUGCUGCACGCGGGCGGCCCCAUAUGUAGUGUUCUGGUGGAGUGCCUCGGUUGCCGUGCGACAAUAAUUAUUGGCGGGAUCCUGAGCGGACUGGGAAUGGCAGCCAGCUCAUUUGCGCAGACAAUGGUAGAGCUGUAUAUCACCGCUGGCAUUAUCACGGGAAUGGGAUUCUCUUUGUCUUUCCAGCCGUCGAUCACAAUGGUGGGCCACUAUUUUGUGCGGCGCAGGGCGUUCGCCAACGCCUUGUCUUCCACCGGCACCGCGCUCGGCCUGAGCACCCUACCGUUGCUGGCUAACUAUCUGCUCGGAAGCUUCGGCUGGCGGGGAAGCUUUCUGGUGCUGGGAGGCCUCCUGCUGAACUGCUGCGUUUGUGGGGCCGUGAUGCGCCCCCUCGGGGCCAAACCAAAGACGGAAGCCAGAACCGGGCGGGCGAACAACAGCCAACUUAAAACCAACUGCCUUUCCAUCACUCGCGAGCGAGAGGGUCUGAAGGGGCGCCUGCGGGCCACCCUCUCCACCGUCAUGCCUUUCUUGCGCAGGCACAUGGCUUUCGACCUGCUGUGCAGUAACCCGUACUUCUGCGCGUACGCUCCUCGGGUGUCCUGGAUGAUGCUGGGGUUCGUGGUGCCGCUCGUUUACCUGGUUCCCUAUGCCACCGCUUACGGGAUGGAGCAGGACCGAGCCGCUCUACUGAUGGCCAUCCUGGGGUUGAUCAACAUCACCGUCCGGCCCGCCGCCGCGCUGGUUUUUGGGCUGCCUCGUUUCCGUGGAAGCCAUAACUUCGCCUACCUGUUCGCCGUGGCGGUGCUGAUCAACGGAGUGAGCAACUGCAUCUGCUGGAUGGCGACGAGUUUCCCGGUACUGCUGGCGUAUGUUAUAGUGUUCGGGUUUUCUAUGAGCCUCGUCGGCUCGUUGUUGUUCACCGUACUGAUGGACACGGUCGAGAUGAGCCGCUUCCCAUCCGCCCUGGGCCUCAUCAGCAUUAUGGAGAGCAUCAUGCUGCUGCUUGGCCCACCGUUAGCAGGAAUCCUGGUUGACAGCACUGGCCAGUACUCCUAUGUGUUCUUCGCCUGCAGUAUCACCGGCUCCACGGCCGGUCUCUUCAUCAUGCUGUCCUUCUACUGGCUGGACAGACAGAAACACAGAGAGGUCAAGAGCUCCUUCGCUCGUAAAGACGUUAAGUCACUGAAGCCCGGCACUCAGACGACCGUAGACUGUGAAUACAGUCCAGUGCCUUCACAUGGUAACAGUAUCAAAGACGUGGAGACUGAUGUUUGAUAAGUGUGUUUCACCAAACAGUACUCAUUUUGUUCAUUCAGUGCACGGCUAGUCUUUUCCUAUCUAGUGGACAAUCAGGUGUAUUUCUCAUAUGUUAUGUACACAGAUGUAGUGCAGGAAGUUAAAGCAGAAUGAACUUUUCUAUUGCACGGUGCCACAUGGGAACUUGAAUCGCUUCAGAUCGCCUCUCCAAACAUUUAGAAAAUCCGCUUUCAGUUAUUACUUCAGGAUUGCUAAGAAAGGCCGGCUGAUGUUCGCAUUCACAUCACUUUUAAUUUAGAUCCUUCUGGGAGAGUCCGAGAUGUGCCAUGAAUUCUUUUUUUUAUUUAUUAAUAGAUGCCUUAAAUUACAAAUGUUAUAUCUUGUAAAUGAUUUUUUUUAGUUUUGUCUAGAUACUGCUUUUUAAAAUCAGUAACUUAUUUAUAUAUAUAUAUAUAUUUUAUGUAUUAAAGAAAAUUGUUGCUUUGUGUGUUGUCCUUCA